AUGGAGCAACUAUCAUCUAUUGCCACUAUGGCUCUGCGGAGAAAGGAUAAGAAGGGCGAUCAAGACCAUCAGGAAGGGAAGAAGCCGGCCAAUCCCCUCACUUACCCCAAAAGUGCACAACCAUUCAGUGCCCAAUUAUUCCAAACCCCAACCUCGGAAUAUCGAGGCUGUCCUCUAUGGGCUUGGAACACCAAGCUCGACAAGAAGCAACUGCUGCGGCAGAUCGAUAACUUUGCGGACAUGGGGAUGGGGGGCUUCCAUAUGCAUGUUCGCACCGGCCUUGACACCGAGUAUAUGGGGCCGGAGUUUAUGGAUCUGGUUCGAUCUUGUGUAGAUUACGCGGAGAGCAAAAAUAUGCUUGCAUGUCUGUAUGAUGAGGACCGAUGGCCCUCGGGGGCUGCGGGGGGACUCGUGAUCGCCAAGUAUCCCGAGACAAAGGGAAAGCAUCUUUUAUUCACGCCGUAUCGAUAUGGCACGGUGGAGCUUGGUGGGGAUCGCUCACCUUCUUCUGCCCGAGCUUGCCGCAGUGAGAAUGGACGUCUUCUGGCAAGAUAUGAUAUUUCGUUGGAUGACAAUGCUUGUCUGGAAUCUAGUCGGAUAUUGGAAGAUGGCGAAGCCGGCGCCAAUAUCUGGUACCUCUAUGAGGAGACUAAUCCUGGGUCUCCAUGGUUCAAUGACCAGACAUAUAUCGACACGUUAAGUGUAGAUGCCAUGGCUAGGUUCAUUGAAAUGACUCAUGAGACCUACAAGGCCAAGAUUGGAGAUAAGUUUGGGACUGUCGUGCCCUGCAUUUUCACUGAUGAGCCACAAUUUGCUAUCAAAACCCAGCUGUCUAACCCCAGAGCAGCAGAGGACAUAUUCCUGCCAUGGACCACAGAUUUGGCCUUGACCUUUAAGAAAGAAUAUUCUGCGGAUCUCAUUAAAGACCUGCCUCAAUUGGUAUGGAAUCUCCCAGAAGGAAAGGCGAGUGCGACUCGCUAUCAGUACCAUGACCAUGUUUGCGAACGAUUUGUCACUUCAUUCAUGGAUCAAAUUGGUCGGUGGUGCAAGAAGAAUGGCAUUAUGCUAAAUGGGCAUAUGAUGGAGGAGCCAACACUGUACUCUCAAACAACAGCGCUGGGCGAAGCUAUGCGUUGCUAUAGGAGCAUGGAGAUGCCCGGCAUGGAUUUACUCUGCGAUUGGGUCGAGUACAAUACUGCGAAGCAGGUUUCAAGUGUAGCUCGACAGAACGGGCUCAGGGGUGCAAUGAGUGAGAUAUAUGGUGUCACCCAUUGGGAUUUCACAUUUGAGGGCCACAAAGGGUGCGGCGAUUGGCAAGCCGCCCUUGGUAUUACUUUCCGCGUUCAUCACCUUACCUGGAGUCCAUGGUACAAGGAGUAUGGAUACGUCGAAGAUCACUUCGCGCGUGUUGGCGUUGCAAUGACUCGUGGAAAAGCUGUGACGAAAGUUGGGGUUAUCCACCCCAUCGAGAGUUACUGGCUGGCGUUUGGUCCAAACGGAAGUGGAGAUGAACUGCAAUCGCGAGAUCGAGCGUUCGGCGAUUUGUCGAAUUGGUUACUUCAUGGGCUUAUCGACUUUGAUUUCAUCUCGGAGAGCCUGUUACCUGGACAAAUAUCUGGAAAAAUUACAGGAAAUCAGCUACGGGUAGGAAAGUGCGAAUAUGAAGUAGUUAUUGUUCCUAAUCUUCGAACGAUUCGGUCAACUACGCUGAAAAUUCUCCGGGAGUUCAGUCGAGCUGGCGGCCAAGUCAUUGUGGCUGGCAGUGCGCCAACUCUUGUCGAUGCACAAAUGCCACGAUCAAACCCUGUAAUUGAGAACAGUCUGAGCAUUUUUUGGAGUCAACAGAAUAUUAUUUCUGCCCUGGAUAAACACCGGGAUAUUCGAAUUGUCACCGAUCAAGGAGCACCGACGGAUAGAUUGUUGCAUCAGAUCCGGCAGGAUGGAGACCACCGGUUUGUCUUUGUAUGUAAUACGAACCGAACUACGCCGACGGAUACUACAGUGAAGCUAAAAGGGCUGUGGAACGUUGGAAAGCUGGACACCUUUACUGGGAAGGAAUCCUCUCUGUGCAGUCAGCUAAAUGAUGGCUGGACCAUCUUUACCUACAGAUUCGAAGGGUGCGCAAGCCUCCUUCUGCGGCUGUCUCCAUUUAAGCCCGAGCUGCUGCCAUUGUUGGGCUCCUUUACGCCGUCCCUAGACGUAAAGACGGUUGCACAAGAUAUUCAACUUGAAAAGAUUUUGUUUUCGGAACCUAACGUGCUACUACUCGACUACGCAGAAUAUAAACUUGACGAUGAAAGUUGGUCCGAGCCCAUUGAGGUUCUCCGAAUUGAUAAUAUUAUCCGCUCUCGUCUGAAAAUCCCACCAAAGGGAUUCGCUUGGAGACAACCUUGGACAGUGUCAGAGUCUGAUCGAGCAUCAAAGGCACAAGCAACUUUGCGCUUUACGUUCAGCUCUUCGUUUGACAUCAGCGAGUCCCUCAGCUUGGCCGUUGAGGAUGCUGAUAAGUUCAAAAUAUCCGUCAAUGAGUCCCUAAUACAAUCCGCUGGCUGCUCCCGACACUCUUACUGGGUUGACGAGGCCAUCACCAAACUCACUAUCCCCAAAAAUACAAUCAAGAAAGGCAGCAAUACGAUUUUGCUGUCUUUCCCUUUUGGUAUUCUAACUAACAUUGAGCGUAUAUAUAUCUUGGGAUGGUUCCAAGUGGUCCUGACAGGCCGAAGCACCGUCCUGAAACCGCUUCGUAAUGUUACGUCCAAGGUUAGGGGCUGGGGUGAUAUAGUGGAUCGGGGGUUUCCCUUCUACGUCGGGAACGUAACUUACAAUUGCAGCUUCUCCAUAGACACUAACGCCUCGAAGACCAAUGUCACACUCAAGGUCCCGGAGUUUAGCAGCCCCGUCUUAAGUGUACACGACCAGCAUUCCCCGACGACGGGCUCCAAGCUUGGUAAUAUUGCUUUUCAGCCACGCACGUUAUAUCUUGGCAAGUUUGGACCCGGUGAACACAAAAUAUCCAUAACCGCAUAUGGGAAUCGGUAUAAUAGUUUCGGCCAUAUUCAUGCACCGGCCUGGGUUCCAGCAGGAUGUUGGCCUGAUUUGUGGAGAACGGGAGGCGAUUGGUGGACAGAUGACUAUUCACUCCGGGCAGUUGGAGUGCUAGCGUGCCCAAAGAUCGAAAUCUCCGAAGUUGUGAGUGAGACGGAGCAUAUUAACGAGGAUAAUAACGAUCAGGAUUGGGUUGUGGUGCGGUGA